AUGUCCGAUUCCCUCACCGAGUUGGAUCCGGGUCACAAGCCCAAGGCGCGCAAACAGAAAGCGGCACCACCAGCGUACAAAAGCUUUGUGUCUCCUUUGACAACGGCCUUUGCCAAAGGCAGCUCUGGCCGGCAAGCCCCACAAGCACAAACUCCGAGCGCGACAACGAAGUCACAGGCUGCUGAACACGGCAUGCAACAUACUGCAUUGCCACCCAUCCGCAAAGUCAAAGACUUCAUCAAGGUCAAGACGGGCAGCAUCAGGGACUAUAUGCAUCAGACGCACGCCCCAGAUGCACCAAGCAUCUCACCGGCGCAGGCCACCCUGAGCUGCAGACUUCAGCUACGCAAUCCCCACACUCUAUGCUAUGCCAAUGCCAGUAUCCUGAUGUUGUUGCACUGCAUUGAACUGAUUGCUCUGCAGGUGCCCACAAUGACUUUCCUCACCAAAGUGGGAACCUUGGCGGUGUCCCGAGGCCAAGAAAUGCUGCUGGCCCAGAUGCAUCAGUUCAGACAGCUGAGCCCUCGUUGGGAAUUCAACAAUGAGCAAAAGGAUGCCUCUGAAUACCUCCACGCCCUCUUCAACCAGGCCGAUGACUUACAAGUUGUCUGGGAUAGUCGGGUAACACAAGAUGGUGUACCACGCAUUGCCUUGCAAGGGACGCAUCUUGUGGCCAUGCCACUUCCUCAGCACGGCUCCAGGAACCUCGCCAACCGCAAGGACAACAGCAUCGUCGAGCUCCCAGAUAGCAUCCAGCUACCAUUCCAUACCAAUGAUCGACACAUUGAAUGGCUUGAGUACUAG